CCCGAGCAAAAGAAGUAACGCAAGAUGCCAAAGAGCAAUUACAGGAUGUCCGCGACCAACUAAAAAUCCACCAAGAUGCUUUAGUCGGAGCCCAAGCCGAGGCUCUGCAGGUUUUACGAACCCAGCAGGACGAUAAAUUACGAUCUGACGCUUCUCAUUUUGCAACUGCCCACGCCUUAAAUACUUAUGUGCUAGCGGUUAGCGUGGCUAUUGAGAAGGUAAGAAAACAGAAAUUAGACCAAACCAAAAAAGACAUUUUGGCUGGUUUAGAGAAUAAUUUUCUCCAAGACGCAACCAUUAAGGAUGCGGACAUCAACCAAGAAAUAAACAAACUUAUGGGUGCUGGUUUCAUUACAGGAACCGAUAAUUGGAAAAAACUCUUUGAAAAGGAGGAUAACAGAAUAGACGGCUACGAAAAUUUUACUUGGACUGCUACUAUG